AUGUGUGAAAAAGGGUUCGAGAUGAAGAACAUAACCACCGACUUGUUACCCAAAGUAACCACCAAUUUAACACAGCUACUACUCAACUCUUUGGCUACUAGUGUUGUUAUCAAAGGUGGUAAUCCUCCUGGGCUGCACGAAUUGAACUUUGGCAACGAGUUAUACAAUUUUUUGGGUUUGGAAACAGUACAGCCAAACGUGGUGGUGGCUAAAGAUGGCUCAGGAAAUUUUACAACAGUUCAAGAAGCUGUAAACUCUAGGGGACAAGGAGCAUCGGGCCAAAGGUAUACAAUUUACGUGAAAAGUGGGGUGUACGAAGAAUAUGUUGUUAUCCCACAAGAGGCACCGCUUAUUACCAUGUAUGGUGACGGAAUAGGUAACACCGUCAUCACCGGCAACCGGCAUUUCAAUGGCAGCGACUUGAAGGGAACGGCCACGUUUAAAGUAUGGAGUAAACGAUUUAUCGCUGUAAACAUGACGUUUCGGAACACGGCGGGGCCGGAAGCUCAGCAAGCGGUGGCGUUCCUCUCAGGCUCCGACAAAUCAGCCUACUACCAGUGCAGCUUUGAGGGCUACCAAGACACGCUAUAUACUUUCCAUUCCAGACAAUUUUACAAACAAUGCCAAAUCUUUGGAACUGUAGAUUUCAUUUUCGGCGCCAGUCCAGCCGUGUUCCAAGAUUGUGAUAUCUUGUUGAGGAAACCACUACCCGAAGGAGGGUUGGUUGUGACGGCUAACGGUCAGAAAUUCAGUAAUCUAAGCGGCGGAUAUUCGUUGCAAGGGUGUAAAAUACAUGCCGCAGACGAUCUUAAGCCUGUUGUAGGCCAAUUCGCAAAAGCCUUUUUAGGAAGACCAUGGUUUCAAUACUCUGAGACAGUUUAUAUGGAAUCUUUUAUUGAUGAUUUGGUGGACCCACAAGGAUGGCUUGAUAGUUGGGGUUACAAAGAAACUGCUUAUUGUGGGGAGUAUAAGAAUUCUGGACCAGGUUCAUCUACUGAUCAAAGAGUCGAUUGGCCUAGUUUCCAUGUGAUAACAGAUCCAAAUACUGCCAAUCAAUUCACUGUUGCUGAGUUCAUUAAUGGAACCGAAUGGCUUCCUACAUACGGUGUGCCUUUUGUAUCCGGGCUUGAAACUCUGUAA